AUGGCCAGCCAUACAUCCGCCUCGAAACCCGUCGACGGCUCCUCCUUCUCCGGCUCGCUCAUCUCUCCCACACACUCGCAGCACCGCCGCGACUCCGUCCACUCCGUCUCGGUGAGCUCCACCUUGGAAAAGGAACAGCUGGCGCACGCCCUCGACCAGAUACACACCACGGCCAGCCGCACCGACUCGCUGACCACGUUCAACGACUUCGCCCCUCCUCCCGUCGUCGUUGCAGAUACCGAGAGCCGGGGGACGGUGCAGCAGGGCCUGAGCGGGCUCUACAGCCGGUUUCGAGAGGCGGUUGGUGGGAGCAGCUCGUCCAAGGCUGCGCAGCGGGACGACGAUGCCGAGAGGGUGGAAAAGUCGGGCAGAAAGGCAUCGUCGGCUGCCGGCGAAGGACAUGCCUCGAAGCCGUCGAUAUCGUCUCUGAGCCGCGCCGAGACUGCAACCACCGUCUCUACCGCAACCUCUCAGCUUGCGCCAAGCGAUGUUUCCUCUCCCACAACAUCCACCAACCCUGUCGAUGGCCGGCCUGCCGCAUCCAAAUCUGGAAGCAUCAGCCUGAUUAGCGGCUCCAAGUCUCAUCCCUCUAGUCGGCAGAGUCUACCGACAAACGCCACAAGCCCUGUGACUGCCGUUCAUACCAUCGCCGGCCCCUCUACAAGGAUACGAGAUGCCAGCCGUAGCUCUAUCCAGACUGAUGAUGGCAAACCCCAGAGUGACUUGCAGACGCGCCUCUCAUCUGUCGACUCACCAACCCUGUACGAUUCCAAAGGUGGCAGCAUUCCUGCAAGGGUGCGGAGGGACAACAGCAUUUCUAGUGCUGAGAGUGGAAGCGCUGAAGCUCCGCUGAGCCCAGUCAAGGGGAAAGGCCCCCUAUCGCCAUUGCAGACGACCUUUCAUUCACGAAGUCCUUCUGCAGCAUCGUCUCUGCUAUCUCCCGAUGAUGCCCGGAGAAAGCCUGCUGUUAUUGAUCGUAUUAGCCACCCAAACCAUUUGAGAUACUCAGCUUCAAGGGACUCGUCUGCCGACCGAGGAACAGCAGAAGCAAGUCAUAUUAUCACGUCUGCCCAUAAUUCGAUUCAUCAUAGCUCCUUCACUCAAGACUCUAAUCCUCAACGCUCGCAGUCUGGCGAUAUCCGCAUCCCAGGUACCACAGCCGGCCAUCAUGGAGCGUCGGACCAGAUGAACGCCCAGCUAGACAGAAUGCGCAGACAAAUACUAAGUAAAGAAUUUUGGAUGAAGGACGAGACCGUAAAGGAGUGUUUUCUCUGCCAGGGGCCAUUUACAGCAUUUCGAAGAAAGCACCACUGCCGAACCUGCGGCUUCAUCUUUGAUUCCAAGUGUACAGUUGUCAUUUCAGGUGAAAGAUUUGGUCUUCCCGGCUCUCUCCGGGUUUGUAAGCGCUGCCUCGAUGUCAUCACUCGGCGCUUUGACGCCAGCGGCUCGGAGGACUCUGGCGAUGAGCAGUCGUAUCUGCCAAGAAUAUUUGGCUCUGAAGAUCCCAGAAAAUCAACAGUUUCUUUUGCGCAGCCUCUCAGAGAACCAGAGACAUUGCAGAGCCCAGAGACUUCGAGACCGGUAACGACACCCAUGAUGACAAUACCAGCAACCCGGAGAGUCAAUGAAUCUAACAACACCUCUUCUGUUCUGGAAAUUGGCGCUCCACAGCUCAGUCGGCCGAGCUCAUCACGCUCGCUCAAGUCUCUUUCUUCCGGUAGACCCCAUUCGUCUGCUGGUCACAAAAGACACCAUUCAAAGCAUGGAUUGCUGGGAAGGAUCAAGCCGGAUCAAGCUCCUUUUCGGAGAGGCAUUCAAGAAGAAAACUCCAAUCGAACCAAAUUCCCAGCUUUCCAUGAUGACAACAUCAUCGACCCAGAAUUGGCCGACUUCAUGUCGGAUGACUCGAGCGGAGAUGAGCAGCAAGUCGGCAGUAUUUUUGCGACUCUCGCAUCAGCCGAUAUCCCCCCUACAGGCUUUGACCCUGACAAAUCAAACCUUUCAUCGCUCAUGAACUCUACAAAGAAGCAUCAUCGCCAUAAAGGGGGCGAAAAAAGCAUCAGCGGAAUGAGCCACUUCAGCCGAAGUGGAUUUGGGCUUGAUGAAUUGACGCCCGGCUUUGCUAGCCACCGCAGGUCAACUCGGCGACGCAAUCACAGUAAUGUUAGCGGCAGCGUUCACCAUUUUGGCUCUCCUCGGCCCAAGUCCAUCGUUUUCAAGGGCCCGUCAACAUCGUCGGAGAUGCUGUUUCCUGUGGAUGCUCCAAAUCACAGCGGGACCCAGUUGACUAGAAGUAACUCGCUCCAAAAGCGCAAGGAGGCCAAAACAAAGCUCAACGAGUCUAGUUUGAGGCACGUCGACAGGCUCCUCUAUCAGCUCUUAGUCGACGGGGAUAUACCCAACCCUGAGGCCUGGCAAAAGGCGCUUGUUCCUAUUCUCUUGAAGGCGACAGAUGAUGUGUCCCCGGACGUGGCGAAUGGCGAAUCCAUGGAUAUUCGAACCUACGUGAAGCUCAAGAGAAUCCCAGGAGGUAAACCUGGUGAUACAUCCUACAUCUCUGGAAUCGUCUUCACCAAAAAUCUUGCCUUGAAGAGUAUGCCACGCAAGAUUACAAAUCCCAGGAUCCUACUUGUUGGGUUUCCAAUUGAAUACCAGAGACACCAGCAGCAAUUUAUGAGCUUGGAGCCGGUCAUUGCGCAGGAGAAGGAAUUUCUCAGAAUCGUGGUCCAGAGAAUCGUUCAACUCAAACCUCACGUUGUGCUUGCGGAAAAGACCAUUUCUGGCUUGGCUCUGCAGUAUCUCUCAGACGCCAAUAUUGCAGUGGCGUUUAAUGUCAAGCGAUCAGUCAUAGCAGCUGUUGCCCGCUGUACCGAGACAAAGAUUAUCGAGUCCUUUGACAUGCUAGAGGCUCAAGUUGGGAGAUGUAGCGCCUUUGAGGUCAGGACAUUUGUGAACAAUGAUUAUCCCGGCCGGAAGAAGUCCUACAUUUUCCUUUCGGGAUGUAGGCGUGAGCUCGGGUGCACCAUUACUCUUCGAGGGGCCAGCAAUGACCUUCUCGCCAAGAUGAAAUACAUCACCGACUUCAUGGUCUACGUUGUAUACAAUCUCAAACUCGAGUCGAGUCUUUUGCGGGAUGAGUCUGUUGAGCCACCUGAGGCCCACGAAUCUGCCUCCUUGUCUAAUUCUUUCCCAGCCUUGAACGAUAGCAUUCGUUCACUGAACUCGGUACAGUAUUCGACCAACGGCGGCAGAAAUGGCCCAAUUGUAGUGAUCAACCAACCGUCUAGUGAAGGUGACCCGCCGUCACAGGCCACUAUCGAGAGCUCCUGUGUCGGAGACACUGAUGAGGCACCUACUUCGCAGCUUUCGUUAGAUCAGGCCAGCUCUGAGCCACCCAAGCUGCUGUCGCUGCAUGAGUCUCAUAUUCACGACUCGGCAUAUAGCCAGGUGCCAGAUGAUGUGCCCAUGCCAACUUUCUAUAGCGACAUGGUGUCCAAGUAUGAGACCAAGAUUCUUUCAGCUUCGCCAUAUGUGCGGUUCACCCAGCCGUAUCUUCUUAUGAAAGCUCGUGAGCAAGAAAGGCGCCUUUUGUAUCUCAAACGUCUAAGGGAUCAGGACAUGAUUGAAGAAGAUUUCGAAGAAAAGGCUGAGCCUCCAAACUUUCAACUUAUUAAGCCGGAAAUGGUCGAAGAGCUUGGCCAGAAAGCGCCUCGCCAGAUAAUGGAGAUUCUUCAUGCGGUACACGACGCCGAGUACGACAAGGCUCUUUAUACUUACCAGACACAGACUCGCCAAUGGGAGACGUAUAUCCAAGGCAACCUAGAUCUAUUCGACCCUUACUCACACCAAAAUAUCAUUAUUCUGUAUUCCGUCAUUUGCACCGAAACAAAGAUUCCCUGCACAGAGCCCGUUUUGGUUGGCAUCAACUUCUACGAUGAGCAGCGUGAGGAUACCGACAUGGACCCGGACUGCACUCUCGGCCAGUACAUCGAACACCUGGUCAACAGUAAAGACGAAAUCUGCGACUCCAACGGAUGCGAUCGCAAGAUGGCCCAGCAUCAUCGUACUUUUGUCCAUGACCAAUUCCGAGUCACUGUGUUUGUGGAGCAUCUUCCGAAUGCCUCUCCUAGGUCACCUGAACUGGGAGAUGGAAUUUCCAUGUGGACUUACUGCAAGAUCUGCCAGAAAGACUCAGAAGAGACGGCAAUGUCGGAGACUACAUACAAAUACUCUUUUGGAAAGUACCUGGAGCUCCUUUACUGGGGCCGUGGCUUGCGAAUGAAGGAUGCUGUGGAAUGCCCUCACGAUCAUCAAAAAGAUCACGUUCGAUACUUUAGCUUGCAUGACUCCCGUGUCCGAAUUCACUGGGAUCCAAUUGACCUUCUCGAAAUUGUCGUACCGCGAGCGCGACUCACCUGGAAAGUGAGCAACGAUCUGAAACUCAAGAACGAAAUCUAUACAAAGAUGGAUGAGCGCUGGGCAAAAUUCAUGGCAUCUGUAAAUGCCCGGCUUAAGAGCAUUAGGAUCGACAGCGUUCUUCCUGAAAAGGCUGAAUCUUGCAAGGCAGAGCUCGAAAGGCUGUCGCAAAAGGCUCAGGAAGAACAAGCCCUUACGGUCCAUCGGCUGCAAGAGAUCUACGUCAAUUCCAAGUACUACGAAGUUGUUCCGUUCAACAUUCUCGUUCGAGAAAUGCUGGAAACAAUCACCGAAUGGGAUCAAAUAUUUGCUACGUUUGAGGCCGACUUCUUGGGAGAUAAAGAUAUGCGACAGCUUACAAUGCUGCAGCUAAAGAAGAUUUUCACCGACAACGAAUCCAAGGAAUCACUUGCGUCCAACGAAGGAACGGAAUCAGCUGCGGACAGCGAGGAGCGUCCAUCGCAGACCUUUUCUGAGCCUGAGGAGAAAACUUUGCAAACGGCGGACUUUACUGAUAACAACAGUAUGGAAGCCAGCACCACUUCCGCAAAACUGGGCUCAGAGAAGCUUGAUGCCGAAGGUGUGCAAGUUCCACCUGUGUCGGAGGAUACUCUUGAGCAUGCUCAGCCGCUAGAUCUAGCAAGCUCAGCGCCUGUUGUUAUAAAUGACUCUCAAGCGGCUGCCAACAGCGAAGAUACAAAGGCGACAGUGGCGGCAACUACUCCGCCAGACGGAGCAUCAGCAACGCGAUCAUCUACAUCGCCCGUCAGAAUGGCUCGCAGUCCCACAAAUUCAUCUGCGUCUGGACAGUCUCUUGCUGAGAAGAUUGAGGCCAGCCGCCGCGAGAAAACUUUACAACCAAGACAAUCAGAGGACUCCAGCGAAAGACCUACUGAUAUGGAAACAACAUCCAGGCAGGUCUCAGAACAAGGUGUUCGACGAAAGUCGGCUACUAGCACUUCACCACCGAUAACAAGAGCCACAUCACAACCCUCGCGGACACUGUCUAGGUUACAGUCGCUUGGCAAGUCAAUUGGCUCUUCCGAUUCUAUCUCGAAGUCCUCGGAACCUGCCAACUCAGAUCAACAGUCAGAAGGGUCUAUCAAAUCGGAUAAAAAACUAUCUGAUCGACUCGGCUUGACUGUAUUAAAGAACCGGGGGAAGAUGGCUGGCUCAAGUAUUCCUCGCAUGGUGCAGAGCAAGAAGAAGGAAUCCAAAGUCACCACUCUAGCAAAGCACUUUGAGCAGCUCAGCAGAGAGUUUAGCAGAGAAUUCGAGAAGGAGCGCAUUCGAGACCGUAAGAAGCGUGCUGCUAGCAUGCGGAAUCCUCGUCCUAUGCUGCCCAAGACAUCGACGCAGGCGAUUGUGCAAGUGUACGACAACGUAAAUGAAGCGUUUGACGAACCAGCUGUGACAAGCGAACCAAACACGGAGCAUGAUGUAGAGACACGAUUACAAGAAGCGUCUUCCACUUCCUUGGGAGGAAAAGGAGAAGGAUCAUCUAGGCUAGAGUCCCAAACGGAGCCACCAACUCCCAGCGAACCUCCUCUGCAUUCUGAUAGCCAGCCUCGAUGGGACGAUGAAACCACUAAUCCGAACACGAGCCAAGGCAUGUCGGAUGAUGAGGGAGGUACUAGUGACGCUGAGCCUUCGGUAUCUGAUGAGUUUAUGCCCGACAUUAAAGAGAUUGCUGAUUCUAGCGCCGAGAUUCCACUUGAGCUUCCAAAGCAUCAAAAAACAAGCCUAAUGAAAUAUCUUACCAACUUUUGGGCUGAACGAUCAGCCAGUGGGUGGCCUGCGCUGGAGUAUCCCGUCAAUGCCACAGAUCACAUCUUUGUUGACUCGGACAUUAUUGUUCGAGAAGAUGAGCCUAGCUCGGUCAUCGCGUUGGCCCUAAACAGCGAUGAUUACAAGGAAAAGCUUGCCAACAUCCGGCGAGAUGCGCACCAGACUAUGAUGCGGGAGGCGGACAGUAUCAUAGACGAGAACAUGGAUGGCAAUAUCGAUGGUGACCCCAAAUCAAUGCCAGUAUCAGACAACCCAGAUUGGGCUGCUGACGAAUCAGAGCUUGAGAAGAGUCUGCUUCGCGCCACCGGCACGCAUCUCAAGUACCAGUUCAAGGAGGGCGCGGCGGUCAUGACUUGUAAGAUCUUUUACGCCGAGCAGUUUGAUGCUCUGAGGCGGAAGUGUGGCGUUGCCGAGCGCAUAGUGGAAUCGUUGUCGCGAUGUCUUCAAUGGGAUUCAAAGGGUGGUAAAACGAAGUCUGUCUUCUUAAAGACGCUUGAUGAUCGACUAGUUUUGAAGUCUCUCUCGACUAUCGAGACAUCUGCGUUCUUACGAUUUGCUCCAGGAUAUUUCAGUAUAAUGGCUGAGGCGCUGUUCCAUGAUUUGCCAUCUGUAAUCGCCAAGAUGAUGGGCUUCUUCCAAAUUCUCAUCAAGAAUCCAGUGACGGGGACAGAUAUUAAGCUGGACUUGCUGGUGACGGAGAAUCUCUUUUACGACAGAUCUCCGACGAGAAUCUUUGAUUUGAAGGGAUCCAUGCGCAACCGCAAAAUCCAGUCAACAGGCGAGCAAAAUGAGGUUUUACUAGACGAAAACAUGGUAGAGUACAUCUACGAAUCUCCUCUAUUUGCGCGCGAACACUCCAAGAAGCUUCUUAGGGCGUCAGUUUGGAACGAUACGCUGUUUUUGGCGCGACAGAACGUAAUGGACUAUUCUCUGAUGAUUGCGGUUGAUGAGAGGAGAAAGGAACUGGUCGUGGGCAUCAUUGAUUGCAUCAGAACGUAUACGUGGGACAAGAAGCUUGAAAGCUGGAUCAAAGAUCGCGGCUUCGCGGGUGGCGGUCGGAACAGGCCGACUGUGACGAGUCCUAAGGAGUACAAGUCUCGAUUUAGAGAGGCCAUGGCAAGGUACAUCUUGCAAGCUCCUAACUGCUGGCACCUUUUCAAACAGCCUCAGCAUAACAUGUAUUACAACCAGGCCCGAUUUGAGGACGCAGAGGCUUGAGAAUAUGAGUUGACUUGAGAUGAAGCGAGUAGAACUCGGGCGGUGUGCGGAGAAGCAUUUACAGCACGUUGGCUCUAUAUAUAUUUUUUUUUCCUUUUUAUUUUUAUUUUUGUCACAUCAUGGCGUUGGCGAGUUGAUACUCAUGUGCGCUGAUUACCUUUUUAUUCUCUUUUAUGAAGUUAGUUUCAGCGUUUAUGUGUGUGUGUGUUUUGGGAUGGAGGGAUGAGAUGAAUGAAGGAGCAGGCAGCGAGAUACCCUAAAUGAUUAUCACAGAGUUUA